GCGUUCAAUAAAAUAAAAAAUAUUCAAUGAAUGUCGAUAUUAAUAAUAUUUUUUAGACUAUAGGAGAAUCUAACGUCAUAUUCUGUGACAUACUGACAUGGAUCACUUAAAAGGUCGUGUAGCUGUGAUCACAGGAGCUAGUGCCGGCAUCGGGGCAGCAACAGCUAUUAAGCUAGUCAAGGCUGGCCUUACUGUGGUGGGAAUAGCUAGGAGGUUACAAAGACUUCAGGAUAUGAAAAAAACGAUGGAAGAAAAAAAUUUCAGUGGUCAGUUUUUUCCAAUGGAGUGUGAUUUGACGAACGAAACAGACAUAUUGAACGCUUUUAAAUGGAUUGACGAAAAUAUUGGUGGUAUACAUUUUAUGAUCAACAACGCUGGAAUAAUAAGGAUAUCUAAAAUUUUAGACGGCUUAACAGAAAACUGGAAAGAAUUAAUUGACUGCAAUGUACUAGCACCUACAAUUUGUUCGAAGGAAGCUUAUAAAUUGAUGAAAAAGUAUAAUGUUACUCAUGGUCAUAUUAUACAAAUCAACAGUAUAAUGGGCCAUUCGUACUCAAUUAAUCCAGGCAACAAGGUUUACAAUGCGUCCAAACAAGCUCUUAGAGUGCUGACCGAAGGCCUCCGUCACGAAUUGGCCGUUGCCGGGGAUGGCCACAUCAAAGCUUCUAGCAUUAGUCCCGGUUUUGUUGACACAGAAAUAUUCGAUGCAGCCAAAAUGACGCAGAAUAAAAUGAAGCCAUCCGAUAUCCUGAGCGCAGAAGAAAUGGCCGAUAUGAUAUGUUUCGUCAUGUCAACAGGACCAAAUAUAUUGAUCGCUGAAAUGAUUGUUCUAAGCCAAGGUCGUUGCAUCCAAUCAUACCCACGAGAAUAAUAUACAACCAUAAGACCGAAAAGUGAUACAUAGACACUAUAUAAUGUGAUAUGUUUGAAUAUAAUCACUUCAUAAUAAUAUGUAUAAAUGAAUAUCCAUG